AAAAAAAAAACACUUAAAUGUCCGGAGACAGAUUAGCGUCCGACUCCGCACUGAAUUAUUUCUCCUACCGUCGUGGGGCACCGUGACCGUGGUAGCCGUCAAGAUGAAGCGAAAGAAAUGGACGGAGGCAGAGGAGGAAACCCUAAUAAGCGCCUACUCGGAGCUUGUCUCCUCCUGCGGUGGAAUUUUGCAGCUGCGGACACGGGAGAAGAAAUUCCAGCCCAUAGCCGACCGCGUCAACUCACUUCACCAUCUACGCGACGCCACCGCUUUCCCCUUCCGCUGGUCAUGGCGGGACGUGUCUAUCAAGAUACAGAACAUGCGCCAUCAGUACAUCGGCGUCAAGCUGAAGCUCCCUUCUCCCUCCUCCGCUGCCGAAGGUCCUGAUUGGGAUCACGCCCUUCACCUCUGGCCCAACUUCCUCCGCUACAAGGCCGUCUUCGGCGACAUAGACCCCCAUCCCUCACCUUUCUCAUCCUCUCCUGCAUCAGCUUACGCCUCAGCUGCCUCCGACGAUGGUAGAGUUGAAAACUUAGGUAAGAUGGUGGCGGAACUUGGGGAGGUGCUUGUGGGGAGAGAGGAAAGUCGGAGAGAGAGGGAUGGCUGCGACAGGGAGGGACGGUAUCAGCGUCGGAGGGAAAUAGAGGCAUUGACAGCGAUGGUUCCAUCUGAAGAAGAGGAGCGUAGGCAGCUUUGGAGACGGAGGGAGGAGAGGAGAGAAGAGGAGGAGAUGGAGUGGAGGGAGAAGAUGCUGGAGAUGCAGAUGGAGCACGAAAAGCAGGUGAUGCAGAUGCAUGCGGAAGCAUGCCAGGUUCAGAUGCAGAUGCUCGGCAUCGUUGUCCGCCUGGUCUGCCAGUUUCUUAGCCCCACUGCAAGCUCUGGUGCUGGAGGGGGUGAUGCCGGGAUUAAUGGUUUACAGCACCAUGUGAUGCACAGCUUGCAGCAGCAGCAGCCGCCGCAAUCACCAGGAAGCUUAGUAGGUGAUAAUGUAAAGAAUGAUGUACAUUCUGGAGAAGACUAUUUGUAGUUUCUCCUUCUUGUACGUGUCCUUUCCCCUUUUCAAUCCAAAAAUUUCCAUCUAAAUUUCCUAAUGUAAAAAUACAUUUGGACUGGAAAACAUUUAUUCAAUACUAUAAGGUAUUGUGUAAUAUUUAAAAAUUAUAUAUAUAAAAAGUACAAGACAAUUUUUUUU